AUGCUGCAUCCGAUUCUUGACCUCAGCAAUUUCAAUAUUGUCGUCUCUGUCAUAGCGUUAUAUAUUCUCAUUUUCGGAUAUGUUUCGCUCAGAAUCAAGCAGAGGUGGUAUCUUGGGGAAGCCUUGCCAGCCUUUUUGAUUGGUAUCUCGCUAGGGCCGAUCGGCGCUAGGUUCCUGAACAUAUCUCAGUGGGGAGGGGGUGGUGAUGAUUACCGCAGUGACAUCGCGUUUAACCUGACACGCUUAGUGAUAGGCAUACAGUUGGUCAAAGCUGGAUAUCAAUUGCCCAAGAAAUACAUAAGACAGCGUCUCUCCGAAUUGGCCAUAUGUCUUCUUCCGCUUAUGACUAUAGCAUGGUUUGCAACAUCUGCAUGUAUCUUGCUUGCGAUUCCCAGUAUAUCUUUUUUGUCAGCUCUUAUCAUAAGCGCUUGCGUGACUUGCACGGAUCCUGUUCUAUCUCAAGCCAUCGCAAAAGGUCCCUUUGCAGAUAACUAUGUUCGUCGGCCACUUCGGGAGUUCAUUUCGGCUGAGGCAGGGGCAAAUGAUGGCUUCGGUUUUCCAUUCCUGCUGCUUGCGCUCUCGUUGUUGCGUUACGCAGAAGCGCCUGAAAACACCGCUAGCCUGGAGGACUUCGAUCUGGAGCGAGGCAUCCCCGAUUCACUCGGUGCGACUAGCGCAGGGCGCUUUGGCGGAGGAGUCGGCCCUGCGUUGAAACAUUGGGCCGUGGAGGGAGUCUUGUACAUGAUUUUCCUGGGUGCCUCCUACGGUGCCUUCGUCGGCUUCACUUGCCAGAAGCUACUCAAGGGCGCAUCUAAGCGAAGAUGGAUCGACAAUGAAAGCUUUACCCUGGUCCCUGUGGCAAUCGGUAUGCUCAUUGUUGGGACAUGCGGCUGCUUUGGGUCCGAUGAAACACUUGCCUGCUUCAUAGCUGGGAGUGUGCUCAACUGGGACGGCCUUUACCAGGAUGAGAUGCAGGCCCGGCAUGAUUCAUUCAAUUCGACGAUCGAGACUUUGCUGAACACUGCAGCUUUCAUGUAUCUUGGUGCGGUCAUGCCAUGGGACCAGUUCCAUCGACCCCAUGACACUGGCAUCUCCAUCUGGCGUUUAUUUGGACUAGGUUUUUUGAUCCUUAUCUUUCGUCGUAUUCCGGCCAUAGUCACAGGAUACAAGUUCAUGCCCAAGGUCUGCAGUGAUUGGAAAGAGGCGUUGUUUUUGGGCUAUUUUGGACCGAUCGGUAUCGGUGCUAUCGCAUAUGUGGAGUAUGCUCGCCGCCUCUUUCCUUCCCCAGGCGAGAGUGACACUGAGAUUAACAAUUUGACGGCCGCUAUGACACCUGUUGUCUACUGGUUGGUGCUAUUCUCCAUCGUUGUCCAUGGCCUGUCGGUACCUGCGCUUGAUGCGCUCUACAAGUUUUUCGGAGUGUGCAAGAUCCGCGACCAUCCGGUCGCGAUUGCUCUGCUCUCGGACAACGAAGCCCUCCCAAAUAAUUGCUCAAUUGAUCCUCAGCGGCACUCGAUGAUUGUCAACAACCGCUUCUCGCGGCCGUCUGACAGCGAUACUGAAGGGCAAAGCGGCCAAGUACGGAAAGAAUCAGGAACGAUGACGCGACUAAGUGAGGAUAGCCCGCUCAAUGGAAGCAAUGAGCAUUUGGAUAUCCCCUUAUUCAGCCACCGAGCAGGAGGCUCAGUCACCGUUCGGGCCAUUGUCUGAUAAAAUGCUUUAUCCUACUUGAUUGGACGGGGAAACAGAUGGAGCGAGAGACGCGUAUUCGUUCAUU